AUGCGGUUGCUGACGCACAACCUGCUCGCGUGCCAUGCCAAAGGAUGCGGGUCGUCAUCCAACAAUUUUCCUUUGCAGCUGCAAAAUGUUCAGCUUGAGCUAAUUGAGGCGGAAUACAACGAUGUUUUUUUGAGAGGAUUUCUUCCCAAACUUGCAUGGCCUGCAUUGUUCACGACGGCGCGUCAGUUGGGUGAUGAAACGAUACCUGAAAAUCCACCUGAUUUCCUCUCGACUCCGCCAAGCGAAGAGUUUCUUCGUGCAUUGCACCAUGUCCUUCUGGAGAUUCACGUAUCGGAAGGAGAAAUGGUUUGCCCCAAUUGUGCACAUAUCUACCCGAUUCGCAGCGGUAUUCCUAACAUGCUCCUGGCUGAGCAUGAGAUUCCUAAGUAG